AAAAUUUUCUUUAUGUUCAAGCAUAUUUGCAAGGCGAUAUAAAUACAAUAGUCUUCUCAUUAUGAAUCACAUUAGCUGGUAUGCUUCAUCAAAACCGAAAUGGGAUAUAAUCGUUGGCCUAUGGGAAUACAUUUGUUAAACAAGAGAAAACAACUGUUUACAAAAUGGCUUUUUUGUGUUUUUGGUUUGGCUGCCUAUCUUGUAGUGAAUAUUGACGCCUUUUAUUAUGGGACGAUAGGUAGGAAAUCUCCACUAAUUCAUUCAAUCCGCUCAAUUCAACUGCAUUAAGAUGAAGCUUGAGGAUCUGAUGCUAAUACAGUACGGUACAUUUUUUCAUCAUUUCCAAGCUUCACAAAUGA